AUGGAGUUUUUAUUGAAGCGUAUCCCGGCUUGUUCGAGGGCACUUGGUGAAUUGGAUUCCGAAGAUGAAUCAACGGAUGACGAGUUAACAGAGAAAAAGGACGAGUUCGUCUUAUCGGACGGUCUUACCGUCCAUUUAGAGAGUGUUUCCACCACGCGGUUGGUCAUCGCUUUGGGUCCCAUCCAAACGGCAUUCAUCACUUGCUGUUUCCGCCUUUCAACCGGUAGUCUUUUGGGCACCCUAUCUUAUCCCUCACCUAGUCAUAAUGUCACGAAUCGGGUUGAGUGGAACUCCCUGUGCAUAUAUCACUCUUCGGAAUUAUACCCCGGUACUUUGAUCGUCACCGUACCUUGCGGAAAGCAGGACGUUCAUUUAGUUCAGAAGAGGGUUGCGAACGCAUUGAUGAACCUGGUCCUUGGAACAAAUCUUCGAGUCACUGUUUUAUGUGAUGAGCCUAUUCAUAGAUUUCAGACGCAAUCAGAACCAACUGCACCCGUUAUACGGAUACUAACUAACGAAUCUUCAACAGGUUCCCACACUUUUCCGUUUCCCUCUCUAGAACAACCUAACAUUAUCUCCGGUUACGCCGCUGAGUUCUUCUCUUUCGCUGUUCUGCGUUCUAUUCCGACCACUUUAUUUGUGCUAUACUAUGCCAACAGCUGGGACCCGCGCUAUGCAUGGCAUGGAGCCAAGGAGCUCCUUGACCAACUGCUUCCGAUUCGAAAUUUCCUGGGCGAGGUUCCUCAGAUGGCCGAACAUACGUGGGAUGCGAUUGCAUACCCUUUGAAGGAAAAUUGCAUAUCAGCCCUCAGCGGGAACAAACCUAGUUUGACGGAUCAGAUGUACACG